ACCGUUACGCUUUUACGCUUUUGUAAUUACGCUCGAAUCAAUCGCGACGAUUAUACUCGCAUUUGGUUGACGACGAAUCAGAUGUGCACACAUAAGAAGAUCAACGGCACGAUUUCGACGUUUCCGCUUCGUUUGUAAUAAAACAGAAACACAGUCGAACGUGUUUGUCCAACAGCUCCCUUUUGACAGCGAUUUUAUGAUUUUUUUUUUUUCUCACUCACUGUUGCACCGAAAUGACUCUUCUGCGAUUGAGGUUGGUCUAAUCAAGUUUUUUUUUUCUUUCUUUUACUACACACGCGUGUCGAUUUUUUUUUUUUUUUUUUUUUUGUUCUUUCUUUUUAUCGCGUUGACUCUCGCGACAACACCAAAAGAUUUCUCAUAUUAGGUCCGUAGACACUUGUCUUCCUGUCGUAAAUAAACAGUUGUUUUUUUUUUUUUUGUAAAAGAUCAAGGACAGGCGAUUCAAACGCUGACAUUUGCACACAGUAUACAUAGACGAUCGCUACAGCUUCAAAGCAGAUGAUUCAUCGCUUUAUUUGCUUCGAAGACCUCUUGAGGAAGAUUUAACCAGGAAAUCACAUUGCGGAGAAUAAUAAUGCGUAUCAUCCCGUGGUUCGAAGCGAAGCAGACGGUAUUGUUGGUCAUUUCUCUUACAGAAACUUCAUUUUGAUUGUGGAUUGUGUGUGUCACAUGCUUUUAUAUCCUUUCAUAUAUUUUUUUUUACAUGAAAAAAAAAAAAGUCAUCGUUCUAAAUGAGAAUACUUAGUCUAUUGCUGAAAAGGACAUAAUGGAAGAGUGCAAUGGUAAUUGCGGGUUUAUAUGCGACGAUUCCGAUGAGGAAGAUGAUUCUAGUCCCACGAAUUCGCCAGUGAUACCGCGGAGGAUCGUUCCGAGUCCGCCGUUACCACCGAGAAGACCCUCGCCGUCUCCAACGCCGAACAAUCAUCUCAGAAACGGACGUCACUUGACGGUGCCGAAGGAAAACGCUCCGCCGCCACCAGCGGUCAUAUUUAAUUAUGCCGACAACAAUCUACAAAGUAGUAAAGUAAUUACAAUUAAUAUAGAAGCGAGAUACGACAUGCUACAUCGCGCGACGUCGCCAGUUCCACCGAUACCGCCCGCGCCGUCGACGGCAAUAGUGAGGUCUUCUCACGUACGUCGGCCUCACGGGAAUCACGCGAGCACUCCGCAGCGACAACCGCAGCCACCGCCGACGUUGCCGGAAAAGACGUAUCGUGCCAUAGCGACGAGCUCGAUGACGAGUCAGACGACCGGCGAGACGAGCAACAAUGUGCCACCUGUGCCGCCACCUUUGUCAGCGCCGCGACCGCCGAAGACUUUGAAAGACGCUCGUCAAGAUCAUCAUUACGAAAACACGAUUGUGAUCUGCGGCACAGGUCAGCACGUUGUUAAGAAUAUCAACUUGGAGGCGAACAGAGCUCGCUUUACAGCACUGAUGAAGGCGAGGGACGAUCCCGGAGGUGGUGGCGCAAUCACCAAAUCGUCAGAGUCGGCGGCGUACGAAAACAUUAACGUCGAGCAUAUAACAAAACUGACGGCGCUCGGUUUCACCCAGGACAACGUGAUCAAGGCGCUCGGUAUCACCAGAAACGAUCUCGAGAUGGCAUGCGACAUAUUGCACGAAUUCGCCCCGAAAUCCUCCUGACCAGAGCCGAACACCGAGGUCUCAUGACCGGGCUUACCUGCUAGACGGUACUUCUGACAGGGAACGCGCAAGUCCCACCUCUGAUACAUCGCGCGUUCUCAACGAGUGAGUCGUUCCGUGUCGUCACGCGUACCGGGAGACUUGGCGAUGCUUUGUCAUAUGUUUUAAAACACUAACCAACGACAAAUCAUCACACAAAGUGGAGGAAACAAACGGAUUGCGGACGGUGAGAAAGCGCUGAAAGAAUCAUCACACAGAAGAAUAAUUGGAAGAAUUGCGCGAAUUGCUCCGGAGAACGUUCAAGUCAGAGAUCAUUUUUAUCGUACACGAACUUUUCUCUUCGCUACGUAAAAAAAAAAUAUAUAUAUAUAUAUAUUAAUAUAAUAUAUAAUUUCUGAGUGAAUUUUUGACGAAGCUCGUCCUCUCGUUCCUUGAAAAAAAAAAAAAAGAA